AAUUUUUUACCUAUCUACCUGUUGAGGAGAGCGCCAGGCAAGGAGACUACCUAAAACCGGAUUUUUGUCUCUCUCUCUCUCUCUCAUUCUGUCUUUAAACUCGAACCAAGGCAGUAGCUUCGAGGCAGAAUAGGGGAUGCGUUUCCCAUUUUAUCGCCAACAAGAAGACACAACAUGGCGUGCAUGUCCGUCUUGUACCCGAUUCUACAGUCUGGCCAAUAAAGGGCAGGGUAGUGAGAAGUUAUCACACGAAGAAGUACAAAGAAGAAAAUGGGAAUGAAUGCGAAAGAGUGAGGUGAGGUUCCAUGAUUUCUAAGAAUUUUGUACAAUUUCCAAAACAUGAAUUAUACAAGCAUGUAUGCAGGAGAUUUCCGAAACACAUCUGAAUCAAAGCUAGAUCAGCAUUUUAAUCAUAGAGAUAUAGAAUUGAACAAUAAUUCGCAUGACUUAAGCGAAGAUCACUUAAUGAAGAUCAAUCCCUUUGAAAAUAAAAAUGAGAAUUCCCAAAAUACAUUUCAGUUCAAUAAAGCUUAUACUUUACAAAGUCAAAAUAAGGAAUGUCUAAUGAAAAACAACAACAAAUUGGAAAAUGUAGGUGCCCAGCAUUUUGAUGAUGGCAAUCCAGUGUCUCAGCCCGCAGAACGACGAGAAAAUCUUUACAAAGACAAAAGAAUAAUACAAAUUGGGAAUAAUAAUUUUCCUGUUAGGCCUCAUCGAAAAUGUCUUGGCUCUCAAAGUGCGCCGUCCCUUCUUCCAUCUGCAUCAACUCAGCAUUUAUCAAAUGAAAGAAGUGAUAAUAACCAGAAAACAAAAAGCAAUUUCAAGAAUGGAAAAUGCUUAGUUGAACAUCCAAAAACAAUUUCCAAUAAAGUUCCUGCAAAAGCUCAACCUUCAAAUAAUGACAGAAAACAGGAAAUGAAAAGCAAUCAAAGAAAUAAAAACAUCAAUAUCAGGAAAAGGCUGGAUUCUAGAAAAAGACUGAAAAUUCCAGUUAAAAGGAUACAGCUAAUGGGAAAUGGUGAAAUGCCUUCUCACGAGAAUGGUUCACUUGCUUCAGUGGAUGAAAUAAAAUAUGUACCAGACACAAGAAAUUCUGAUGAAACAGAUCGUUGCAGUUCAUAUUCCGAAGCCGAUCUAAGGUACGUUGCUGAAAAAGGAAACCUAACAAAUGAAAGAAAUAUGCCCCAUACAAAUUUUCAACAGAGCUUAAAGCAAAGUAUUCCAAGAAAUCCAUUAUUCGAUAGUAUGAAGUACAUAUCGAAUAUUGUCUGUAUGUCAAAUUAUGAGCGACCUUAUGAAGAAUCAGCCAAUGAAAAUUGUUCUAAAAAAACUGACAGUCGUUUCACCACGGACAGUUUUUUGAGGAAGGAACUUUCAGAUUAUAAGGAAUUUUUAUUGUAUCGUCGAAACCUGCGAAAGCAAAACCUCAAUAGAGAACCGAAAUUUCGCACUGCUAACGUUUCGGAGAGAUUUAAAUUUCAGGAAAGGAAAGAGUUUCAUAAUCAAAUGCCGAAGAAUGAUUACAAGAACAGGAAAGAAUAUUUAAAUGAAAAUCGACAAAAAAUAUAUCCUCACUCCAAAGCAAAACAUGUUCAUAAAACAAGAAGGCCAAAGGUAUCAGAGGAGCAAUUAUGGAAGCGAUUUGAAUACAAUUUUAAGAGGUACGCCACCACGAAGAGAUAUUCGGGUGAAGUGAUUCCGCGCAAGAUCAGUACCGAAUGGAUGAGCAACAUGGGAGUCGUCGGUGAUUUACUCACGGAGAAAGACGCCGACGUCGAAUUCAAGAAGGCCGCAGGCUCCAAAAUCACUAUGAAUAUUGUAGAAUACAAAGAAUUUUUGAUAAAUUUAACUCUGAAGAAGAAACUUCCUUAUUACGAAAUCUAUCGUCGCAUGUGUGGCAUGUAAGAAUAUCAAGAGAUAACAAGACAUCCAUUGAACCGAUACGAAAGAAAUAUGGUAUUCUACGACAACCAUCGAAUGCGGAUUUUAUGUCUUAAAAUGAAAUACGUCUGUUUUGCACAUAUUCCAUAUUCUGUCAUAUAUCAGUAGCAAUAAUCUUCCAAUUUAAGUGCCAUUUUCAUAUUGUAAAAUAUUUCA